AUGGAGGAGCCUCCCCACCCGACUUCCCAAAGCCCUCCCCCAGCCGAACCUCCCUCCGGCGGCUACCUGUCCAUGAGCUCCUCUACCGUGCGACCGAGGGGAGGGAGGACAGCUUGUGGCCCCUGCAGCCGCCGAAAAAUAAGAUGUGACGCCUACGAGCGCAACCCACAGCCAUGCACCAACUGUACAAAGAGAGGUCAGCCCGAUGGUUGCACUUUCAACGACGAUGCACCCCGCUCCGGUACCAGAAGGUCUCGUGCUUCUGAAGGCGCUAGAUCUCCAGGAGCUCCAAGGCCCAAGAAACCAAGACCAUCUGAGACUGCGCAGAAUGUACUGGACGGCAUUCACGCGGCUGGUGUGGCCUAUACCUCUGCACCGUCCAACGGCCCCACCUCGUCUUGGGGAGCUGCCAUUAACGCCGGCCCACCCACUGGCACCUAUGCUACCAAAAGCUACAAUGUGGUCCCCGGUCCGCAGCAUCAACCCCCAUGGCAGCCUCCUCCAGCGCAGAUACACUCUCAAUACUACUCGUCCGAGAGUGCUCCGCCAGCCCCUACCGGUCUAAAUGUGACCUACUCCUCCUCAGCACAGCCCAUCUAUUCCGGCUCCACGGAAAUCAAGGACCUGUUGCCCCCCCAGAAGACAGUGUUACGGUACUUUGAAGUCUACAAGACAAUCUGCCACCCCAUCUACCCCGUCAUCUCGGACCUAGAGGAGUUCGAAGCUGGUGUGUGCCAGUACGUCGAGGACAUGAAUAGCGGCCGAUUGACAUACGAGCUCGGGUCAAGCUCCGGUCGUUCUAAAGCUGCGAGACUCGCUUGGCUAUCUCUACUCACAGCCACUGUUGCAACAGGCUGGCAGUACUCGGACGCAUCCGCACCGGAACGCGACAACUUUGUCAACGUGCACACACGUAACGCCCAGGAGCUCCUCCGACAUGCCGAGUACUUGGGUCGCCCGGAUGAGAACUGUAUUACAGCACUACUACUGAUUGCCCGUAUCAUGGAGAAUGAUCUGAUGCCUGAAGCAGCUUGGACAACCCUGGGCAUGGUUGGUCGCAUGGCGGACCUUACUGGCCUGCAAGAAGCCAUGACUUUUGACGAGCACCAUGAUGCUCGAGCUCGUGAAGCCAUACACAUCAGACACCACAAGUUAUGGUGGUCAUAUCUCUGGCAAGAGUACUCGCUAGCGCUCUGCUUUGGAAAAACAUCGGUUGUCCGAGUCAACAACGACGAGCCGCCUGUUAGAGUGACAUCGAGUCUGACAUACAAUGACUGCAUGCUAUUGCUUUGCAAGCUUGCCAUCUCCGCUCGUCCAAGUCCUUCAAUGGAGCGAUCGAGUCUUAAAUCCGAGAUAGAUGCUCUGGCAACUGCUCGACACCUCCACGAACAGGCGCUACCCCGGCUAGCGGAUCGCGCCAACUGCCGAACCAUCCAAGAUCGCAUUGAAUAUUACUCACUUCGAAUUUCGCAGGGAUUUGUGGUUUCAUGCAUGUCCCAGACCCUUAUGAAGGCUUGCGCUCGUCUGGGCUGGGAUCAGCAAAGUAAGCAUUUGCAGAGCAUGUGUAAGGAAGGAGCAUUCGACUGCCUACAAGCCUGGGUGGACAUGCAGUCGUUCAGUAUAGUGCCGCUUCGGACAUGGAUCUUUAUCUUCUCCGCUCUGAGUUCAGCUUUGGUGCUUGCUGCACUUUCUGAAGACGUCGACAGGGCCAAAAUUCAAGACUUACAAACACGACUUCUUCAGAGCUUGGCGGAGCGGGACAGGGAGAACGAACUUCCCCACCGGCCUGGUUUGUACGUGCGAUAUCCCAAAGCACUGAGUCUUCUGCGAGACGUCAAUCAUCACUCCGAUGCGAAGCUCAAUGGAAGCAGCAAACACGAGGAAGGCGGGCCCCCUUCGGGAGCGGGUACAUUUGUCCUCACUGACCAGCAAGCACGAGAUUUAUUGGACCCACCAACAAUGUGGAAUUUGCUGUUCUCGCUGAGAUCGGCGGGAGAGAAUUAUCCGGUUCAGCAUACGACUUUUGCGAGAUGA